GUAGUAUGCUCCAUUUAUGUAGCAUAAUAUGCCGCUACACAGCGUAGCUGCCUCUGCGUGUGCGCUAAAUUGAUUGUUUGAAUGGUCAGGGAAGCCAGCCAUAGGAGCCUGCCAAUUUGCCAUCGUCAUGAUGACUGGCUACGUUUUUCGCCAUAUACGACGCUAUCAGCGGGUCUAGGUGGCGCGGCCUAGGCAUAAGCCGAAACUACCUUGGCCGAGCCGCAAGGGCGAUACAGUCGGAGCAAACUAUUGAAGAAGUACUUUUUAAUCAGUGAAAGGCUACGCCUGCUACCAGCUGGUAGAGAAAGAAACCCCAAGCCGCAAGGCGUGUAUUGUACGGUUGGGGUGCAUCUGCGACAUGGGCAAUGUCGCUUUGCGGUACUGGUAAUCACUAUUACAGCUGAAGUAGAGGAUUUACGGCAGUAAAAGCCUUGCUGGCCUGGCCAUGAAUGGCGAUGCGGCGAGAACUGGGACCGUGGACCUAGCGGUCGCCAUGGACAAAAGCAAACCGUCAGGACAACAACACCGCUCUGCAACUACUAUACCUCGAUUUACGGACGCAACAGCAGCAGCUCCUUGGGGUCCCUUGCAUUCACCGCCGCUACCUACAUCCCUACAUGCCGCGGCUCCUGCAGCCGCACUUGCCCCACAUCAUCAAUUAGCAGUGACAGCGGCAGGAGCAACAACGGUGACAGCAGCAGGAGGAGGAGCAAGCCCCAGGGUGCUGUCCUCAUUGCGCAGCACACCACAAGGAAACACACACGCACCCUCCAUCGCCACCUCUGGCCAUGACAUCACAACGACAACGACAACCACCCCAACCGCCACUGCAGCAAACGCUACGGGCGCCCCAGCCGCCGCCCCCAUUCCUCCUGGCGUUGCGACUGCCGCCCCCGCAGCUGCCAUGCCCAGCCUGCUUCUCCAGGUUUUCCAGGGUCUCAUGCGGCCUGAGGUCGCGCCGCUCGCAGUGGCCGCAGCGCAACGAGCCCUGGUGACGUCACCUGUCGUACCGCCGGGGUUGUACCUCUCCGUACCGCAGACGGCGGCUGCCGCCGCUGCCGCUGCAGCAGCUGCGGCAGGUGCUAGGGCCACGGCACCUAUCGGUGGCGGUCGUGGCAGCGGUGGCGGCGGUGGCAGUGGCAAGGGGUCUAAGCGGAGUGGCAGCGGCGGGGGUGCAGCUGGUGGCAGAGGAGGAGCAGCAGGGGGAGGCGGUGUCAGAGGAGGGGGAGGAGAGGAGCUGAUGCCGUACCCCCUGGGGCAGUUGUACCCGGAGGCAGACGCGGAGCUGACUGCCGCUUUGUUGGGUGGGGCGCCGCUGCCGCAGCGGGUGGAGGUGCGGCCCAUCACCGACCGCUGCCACCCCUGCCGCCGUAACCCGUUUGCGGGGCUGUCGGCGGUUGACCACAGGAUGCUGGUGGCACGAGCUGACCUGCCGGAGGGGUGCCUGCUGGGGCCGUAUCUGGGGGAGCUGAGGAGCGGGGCGCUGGACGAUAGAGUGGUGGGCAGUGACCUCUCCGGCGUGGAGGGCCUCAAACACGCCUUCACCUUCCCCGUGCUUGAUGACUUGGAGGUGACCCCAGCACCCCUGCCUGUUGUGCCCCCACUAGCACACCCGCCAUCACAACAACAGCACCAGCAGCAGCCGCUGCUGCAGUCCCCUCGGAAAGAUAGGCUGGUGGUGGUGGGCACUCCGGACGCCUCUCCGCUGGCGGAGAUCAAUGUGGCCCGAUUCUGGGGUCCCUGUUCCCAGGUGCCAUCCCCCAAAGACGCGCCUGACAACCGCUUAGACGGUAACGGUGCAGCAGGGACGCAUGGCGGUUGCUGUGGCAAGGCCACUAGCAGUAGCAGCAGCAGCCGCCUUCGCAGCAGCAGCAGCACCAGCUGUAACUGCGAGGCGUAUCGCCGGUGUACCGCGAAUGCUGCCACGGUGCCCUGCGUGCUCAAGGUGCCGCUGUCACGUCUGCGGGCUGCGGCGAUGGCUGCCGGAGACAUGGAGACGCUCAAACAUGGCCUGGACGUCCUCAGGACUGCUGCAGCGGCUGCCGCUGCUAGUGCUGCUGGUGUCAUCAGCGGUGCCGGCGGUAGCGGGGUUGCGGUGCUGCAUGGUGGAGGUGGGGGUGGAGGUGGCGGAGCAGCGGGGUUCGGAAGCUGUUGGGAGGCGGCGAAGGAGCAGCAGGGGCAGCAGGAGGAGGAGGACGCGGAGGACAGCUCGACGUACGUGUACGGUGUUGUGAUGGUGUUGCUCACGUCGAGAGCUGUCCGGGCACGAGAGGAGCUGCUGCUGCGCUGCGAUGAGAACGGGGAUGACUUCUUCGCCGUGGCUGACCAGAACCUGCGUCAGUACAUGUACAUUCGGAGGCUGCUGGAGGCGUGCCAGAGGGCCGAAGCAGCCGCCUCGCAAGCCGUACAGCAGCGUGACAUUGCUGUACGGGAAAAGGAAGAUGCCGUACGGGAGAAGGAAGACCUGGUACGGCAAUGCGGCCCGGUCGCAUUGGAGAAAGAGAAAACCCUCUUGCGGCAACACAGUGAGGCGUUACGGCAACUGAGCGAGGCUGUACGGGAAAAGAACGACGUCGUACGGGAUCGUGAUCAGGCUGUACGACAGCGGGACGAGGCUAUACGACAGCGGGACGAGGCUGUACGACAACGGGACGAGGUCGGACGGCAAAUGAUCGACGCUGUACGGCAACGAAACGCAGCCGUACAGGAGCGCACUACAGCCAUGCAGCAGCUGAAAGCGGCGGAGGAGAAGAUUGCUGACGAACGUACGGCGUCUGCCUCGAUCAUGAAGGCUUGUAACAAGAGCAUUCAUGAGGCGGUAUCUCGUUCCGAGCAGCUGGGGGCGGAGGCUGCAGCCCUGAGGGCAGAGAGGAGCCGGCUUGUGGCUGAGGGGGGUGCGUUGCGCUCGGAGAGGGUGAGGUUGGAGGAGGAGAACGGCAGCCUGAGGGCGCAGCUGCAGCAGCAGCAGCAGCAGCGGGAGCAGCAGCUGGAGCAGCUGGAGCAGCAGCGGGAGCAGCUGGAGCAGCAGCAGCGGGAGCAGCAGCGGGAGCAGCUGGAGCAGCAGCAGCGGGCGCAGCAGCAGCGGGCGCACCAGCAGCAGGUGCAACAGCAGCAGCGGCGGUCACGAGGGCAGGAGGGACUGCAGGGGCCGCAGCAACGGCCGCAGCACGACGUGCGAGAGCAAGGGACCAACACGGAGGCUGAGCAGUCAGGCGGGCCGCUUGCCGAGACAUGUGCCGAAUGCGCGCGGCGACAGCGCAUGUGCAGCAGCGAGCUGGCGGCAUAUCGGGCCGGAGAGGCUGCGGUACGGAAGUACGGAGCGCCCCCGCCGGCCGGGAGGGGUCAGCAGCAUGUGACGGUGGAUGAGGACGGGGUUGAGGAUCAAUGUCGAGGAGGCGGCAGCGGUGGAGGCGGCAGCGGCGGAGGCGGGAGCGGUGGAGGAGGCAGCGGAGGAAACGGUCCGGAGAGCGUUCCCACUGGCGGCGAGCUGCAUGGAGGAGGAGGAGGUGAUGAUGGUGGUGGUGCCGGGCGGAGACGAAGGCGGCAGCAACAGCAGCAGCCAUCCCCAGACGGGCUACUGUCGCUGGGAGAGGAUGGGCGCGGCGGAGGUGGUGGUUCCCCCGAGGCUGAGGAGCCUUUCUUGGGGCAGCAGCAGAAGCGCCAUCGGAGGAACGAGAAGGGUUCGGGAGCGGACAGCGGCGGCGGUGGUGGCGGCGGCGAGGAGGCAGCUCAUGCGCCCGCUGCUGCUGCUGCUCCUCAUGGUCCCGCUGCUGCUGCUCGACGUCCUGACGUCGUCACCGCCGCCUCGCUUGCUGCCCUUGCUGCAGCCGAGGCAGCAAGGGCAGCGACACCACCACCACCGACAGCAGUUGCAGCGGGACCAUCAGCAGCAGCGGGGCAUUCAGCAGCAGCAGCAGCCCCCGCAGCAGCCGCCCCCGCAGCAGCACCAGCUGCCGACUCACAUCCGCUGCAUGCUGUGGUGCCGGCCAACGCGGUUACCGUUGCCACCACAGCAGCAGCACCAGCUACCACAGCUGCUGCCUCCCCAAUGGAGGGCAUCCAGGUCCCCGAGCAGUCCCCUCCGCAACCCUCCACAAGCAGCCCCGUGCAGCCGCCGGUAGCAGCAUCGCCACCGCGGCAGCGGCCCGCCGCCGACCCGGCUACCGCCGCCGCCGUCACAGCUACCGCCGCCGCCACGCAGGACGCCCGCAGUCUCGACCGCAGCUCCCGCCUCGCCGGACAUGUGCCCCUCACCCACCGCGCCCCCCCGGGUCUCGCCGGUAAGAGUGCCCUCAUCAUCCGCACGGACGCCCGGACUGCAGUCGCCGCCGCCGCUAGCCGCCCUCCUUGGUAUCGAGGACCCCCGCCGCCGCCGCCGCCGCCGCCUGCCAACCAGCAGCGUGACGGCGGCUCUGCUGCGGCUGCCGCUGCCGCCGCCGCCGCCGCCAGUCCAAUCGCUGCUGCUGCAGCAGCCGCUCCCAGCUGUGACACCACCUCCCUCUCCGCCAUGCUCUUCCAGUACCAGAUGGCCCGGCGGCAGGAAGACACCGUGAUCGCAAGGCUGGCAGCGGCACUGGAGGAGCGCGAGCGGGAGCUAGCCGCGAUGCGGGCGAGGACGGAGGAGCUGGAGAGGGUGCAUGGGGAGCGGACGGAGGCGAUGUUGCAGUUUGCGCGGAGCACCGGGCUGGAGAAGAAGGCGCUGGAGGAGGAGGUGCGGGAGGUCAGGAGCCAGCUGCAGGUGGCAAGGAAUCGCGUAGCUCGGCUAAAGCAGCAGUUGGCAGCAGCACAAGCAGAAGCAGCAGCAGCUGCUGCAGGGGCGGCGGCGCCACCGGGACCACCUGCAGCGGGAGCGGGA